AUGCGAGAUAUUCUCGUUCUUCCCACGACACAUGUCCCUUUGCACGACACUGCUCAAGAUCAACUAUCUCACUUUUCUCAAAAACUUUCUUGCAAAAUGGAUGAAUACAAGGAUUUUCUCGGCCAUAAUUCUGUUGUUGUCUUCGCAGUCAAUUACAUCAAAAAUCGGUUUAUACCCGCUGAAUUGUGUGCUGAAAUUGGGAAGUUGUUCGAAAUUCUCAAUGUCAAAACAGUUGCCGAAUUCAAUAAAGCGCUGGAAUCACUUCGAACAGAUUCCGAAACAGCUGUUACUGUGGAAAGUUUUGAGAAUGUCGUAAAGAGAUGGAACGAGUUUGUUAAUGAUAUCGAGAAAAAGUUGGAAGAAAAAGUCGGUCCCGUAACUACAACUGUUGAUGACGAUGAACUUCCGGAGUUGGGAGUGGGCAGCAAAACCAUAUCACAUUAUGUGAAAGGAAGUGCAUUCGAAAUGGUGCUCGUUGUGGUAGUAAGGUCUUUUAAUUCAGCCGAAGUAACACAGCAUAUUAUGGGACUUUACAACAAAAUGGAUGAGUUCCACAAAUUGGGUUGUGACGUAUAUCUGUUAACCAGAGGUCCUCCAAUUGGUAGCAGAGGCGGAGGCUAUAUCAAGUUGAUUGGCGUACCUUUUCGAAAAUUGUAUGAUGAAGAAGAAGCUCUGUCAGAAUUGAAAGCACAUCGACAUUCAGCAGUACAUUUUAUCGGAUGGGGAUCACUUUUGAAGACAGUGGAAGCAUCUUUAUCUGACGAAAUGCGGCCGCAAUCGGCAAAUAAGGAACAAAAUGAAGAUCAAGCUUCCUUCAUCACUCAGAAAGGUGGAACAGUUCUGGUCGAUAAAACGGGUAAAGUGCUCUACAAAUACGUAGAAGAUGGAAACGAAAAGUGGCCAACUGUGGAGCAACUGAUUGAUGAGGUGAAAAAAAUGGAACCCACGACGACGACGACGGCGACAACGACGAAAUCAAAAGCUGCAGUGACUACAACAGCUAAGAUCGAUUCAGAAGUAUCAGUAAAAGAGGUAGAGGAGAAGAAAAAGCCGUGUUGUGUGAUUUUGUAA